UUUCUCUUUCUCUUUCUCUUUCCGUCACAAUGUGUUAAAAUUUUCCCGCCAUGCGAGUUCCUGUUUGCUAUUCAAAAGAAAACGCAAAGGACUGGAUACUUUUAGAGUUGCAAGGGUCGUUUCACUUGAAUGAACAAAGCACACAUCAAAGCUUACACAGAAUAGAAGAAACGACACAAUUGGGAGGUUUGAACAUAGGCGACUUGUGGGUGAACUGGGAACAAGCAACUGCCAAACUUCGAGUGGGAAAUUCUCUACUACAGGGAAAGGUGGAAAGUUUGAAAAAGCCAUUCGCAGUCCUAAAGAAGGAAGCAAACGGGAAAGAGAACCAAGCUUCCAUACAAGUAUUGGGAGUAGCCAAAACGAGGAUUCUUUUCAAUACCAGGUGAGUUGAAGGGUUUUCUUUUUUACUGUAUUCCAAUACUUUUCAGACCACUACUGCUGACAAAAUAGUGUACUAUCUU